AUGCCUUUGACCUUUCCCCCGAAACGCUCGCUAGCUCGAGCGCCGCUGCUGCAGCAAACCGCGCCGCCUGCCUGCCCGCCCGCCAUUGUUUGCUCCAGCUCUCUGCUGCUCCACCUCCAAACUUUCAUGCCCGCGAGCAAGCUCCGCGCGAGCAAGCUCCAGGGCCAGCCCCGGGUCGCACAAACACCGCCUCCGCUCCAACUCGGCUCCGACUCUGCCGUCAUAGAGAUGGGCAUGCAGAGACACGAGGCAGCUGGUCCAUUGCGCCAGUCGGUGUCGUAUGAGCCCGAAGUUUCGGUCAGCGUCAGCACGGAACCUGGCGAACAGCGGCAAAUGAGGGCAGCAUCCUUCGACCUGCAUGCCGUCAGACUCGCUGCGCACACGAUCUCUGCAGUCGUCCAACUCCGCACCGCCAUGAACACCUAUGCAGUCUACCGGUGCGAACAAGAUUCCUACUCAUCAUGGUUCGCUGCAGUACAGCGAUGGCAGCAAGCUAUUGCGACGAGAGGGCGAGCAUCUGUUGCUGCCAAACUAGCAGACAACAUGCUUAACCGAAGGUUCCAACACGAGAUAGGCAGACUCGAAAUCCCGCGGCAGCAAUAUGCAAACAUCACGCGAAUUCCAACGCUUCAAGAAGUAGCACACUGGCUGCGAAUCGGUAACCGCGAGGUGCAACACGAGGGAUUGAUCAGUGAUCUUCGUGGCAUGGAUUUCUCCCCGUACGCAGACUGGGUCAGCAAAUGGAUGAGCGACCGUCGCUUCCACGGUACUCUCACCGCUGCUAUGGUCCAUUCACGCCGACUCACUUUUUAA